AUUGCUACGAGUACAUCGGUUGAAAUCGGCGUCCAGCUCUCUUUGCUCAAUACUGCGCAAUCCACUCCGGAAUAAGCAUGUCUCUUGCUCCAGAAGAUUACGCCGAUGUAUUCGCCUUAUUCGACACGGUUGGUGACGGUAAGGUCUUCGUCAAGCAUCUGGGCGAUGUCCUCCGCGCAUGUGGCCAGAACCCGACGGCGAGUCUGCUCGAAAAGUGCACCGGAGACUACGCCCCGGACGAUCGCCUAAGCCUGGACCAAUUCAUGCCGAUACGCAAUAACGUGGAGAAACGGAAACCGAGUUUCAGCCCAGCCGAAAUCGUAGAGGUUCUGCGGAAUUUCGACAGGCAGGGAAACGGCUUUAUGCAAACAGCAGAACUCAAACGAAUCCUCACGUCGAUCGGUGAUAAGCUGAGCGAAGAAGAAGCCCAGCAGAUCCUCGAGGGGAUAGAGAAUUCCUACGGGAACAUCAACUACGAAGAAUUCGUGAGAAUCAUCGUUUCAAAUUGAAUGAGGGACUCGGCUUGCUCGAGACGAGGUCCCUCAUCCUCUUCUCCAGCAGUCGGGAAGCGGGCUCGGAAAGAUAUUUUUUUGAGAUCGUGACGAUGAGGACUUUGUGAAUUUUCAUCAUAAAUUUGGUUU